AUGCUCAGGGCUGCCGCUGCUGCUGGAUAUCCUAAGAUCGUCCAACAACUCCUCAAAAAUGGAGCCAAUAUCAAUGCUCAGGGUGGAAACUAUGGCAAUGCUCUCCAGGCAUCUGCUGAAGGAGGACAUCUUGAAGUUAUUCAGCUAUUACUGGAAAAGGGAGCGGAUGUCAAUACUCUAGGUGGGUUCUGUGGUAAUGCUAUCCAGGCUGUUUCCUAA